AUGGCGGCGUCUCUUGCGUCGCGCGCUGCUCCGUUUGAGCCCUGGACCAAGCGCUCUGCACUGCGAGUUCAAAUCACACUGAAGGACCAGCCAGCGUCUGGUAUCUGCUCAUACACAACCCUCGAUACUAUUGAGGGUGAGGCCACAUUCGUGUCUGAAGUUGAUACUCGGUUUGAGCAGAUCUCUAUUUCCUUUGUAGGCACUUCCAGGACUCUGAUUGAGAGACCCGGGGCUGCAGGGCCGACUGUUGGCCGCUCUUCUGCGUUUCACACCUUCCUGAGGCUCGUCCAACCGAUCGAUGAGUCUGAUUAUCCGCAGCCUCGCAUUCUAGAGGCUGGUCGCAAAUAUACCUUCCCCUUCACAUUUGUAGUGCCCGAGAGAAUGCUUCCACAAUCUUGUACACACAAAAUGAAUCAUCCACAGGUGCAACUUGCACACACAAACUUACCUCCUUCAGCUGGCGACCCGAUGGUAGCUGGCGAUGGGAACAGCCUGCUUGACGACAUGGUGCCUCAGAUGGUUCAGAUCCAGUACAACAUCAGAGCAAAGCUGUCGAAGCACAAUCCUAGCUCUGACACACUUCGGACCGUGAUUGACCAAGGAAAGAAAGUCAGAAUUAUCCCAGCCACCGAUGUUGAGCCACCGCUGGACGUUUCUGAAAACAGCAUUGAUUACUGUCUCCGAAACGAGAAGUCCGUCAAGAGGGGUGCGUUGCGCGGUAAACUUGGGCGCAUAGCAAUGGCUGCCGCACAACCAAAGCCCUUCCAUCUACCUCCCAUCCGUCACCCUGGCAGCGAAGGCAUCACCACCUCCGAGGAACAAGAAACCCCUAGCACUCUUGUGAAGGUGCAUGUUAGGUUUGACCCUGCCGAUGAAAACCAGAAACCCCCUCGUCUCAAUACCCUCUGGACGAAGCUCAAGGUAUUCACCUACUAUGCUUCAGAGCCGUGGAAGGAUUUCGCAACCCGUGCAAAUAUGCCCAACUGGUCUCUCAACCACGGCAUGUAUACUGAAACUGUUCCGCUUGAAACUCGAUGUAUCGCCUCGGUGCCAUGGACCAAACACUCUGGAGACGCAAACUCAGCGUUUUGCUCCCCAUCCUCGUCAACGGGCAGUCUCAUCAUGACCACCCCCUUAUCCUCCGCUCCUAAUUCUCGCAGAGGCUCCAUCCAGUCCACUUCCUCUAUUGAUUCUUCUCAAACUGGCCCUACAUCUGCCUAUGCCGGCAGCACCUACUAUACCUGCACCAUUCUCGCCCCUAUCACUCUACCAAAAACUAAGGCCUUUAUACCCACCUUCCACUCCUGCCUGACCUCCCGAAGCUAUGCACUGGACAUGAGCCUUUCUGUCCUCCCUCCAAACACCAGUUUGACAACGCCACAACUUUCGAUCCGCGUCCCGGUACAGGUUGCAGGCGCCGAAAGCCUAGCCCAGGCAGUCGCCCUUCGUGGUGAUAAUGUGCAGAAUACCGAUUCGUUCUUCACCCCAAGGAGCAUCUCACCACCACCUGCGGAAUACACAGGACGUGCCUCUUUGGGAGCGUACAGCAGACAGCGCUCGAGCACGAUCGACUCUAUCGGCAGUACGAUGACGGGCGCCACGGUGAGGCCUCCCCCAGAGUACUCGCCCUUUAGCCGGCAGCAGUCACAGAGAACGGUCGUGAGCUCCGCGUGCUGA